AUGGCGCAACCUCAGAGGAGUCCUCUGCAUCUCGCUGUGAGUCGUGCUGUGCUGGACACUGCGCUGCACCACUCAUCCGAGUCCUUGUCAGCUGAACCCCUGCCUGCUUCAUCCACUUUUGCCAGAUUCCUGGAGCGCCAGGCUCUCAGCAUGCAAGCAGCGGCUACUCUCCCGUCAGUGCCAACAGCUUUUCGUUCGGCGGCGCACCGCCUUCUGCCGGACCUCCGAGAGGUAGCUUUGACCAAGGAAUGAGCGGCAUGUCGCCCGCUGCCCAGCCUUUCCAACCGGGGCCUCCACGCGGAAGAUUUGCUCCUACCUCCUUGAUGCCCCCUCAUAUGGUGAGUCUUGAGUUGAGGCCCGAAAAAGUUCGGAAUGCGUGCGUGUUUCUGUGCACCUUCUGACGCGCGUGACAUUGUGCAUGCGCAUACAUUCCAGCUACAACAGAUCCAAUCGCAGUUGCAUGCCGGCAGAGCUGGCUCACCAGGUCCACCUGGUGCUGGCGGUCUUUCUCCAAUGUCCAUGGGAGCGCAAAGGCAAAAUAGCGGCGGCCUCAAUCCCGCCGCAGCUGCCUUUCCAUUCCCAGCACCUGGUGCGUCCGGUCCUUCCGGCGCAUCCAGUCCGAACUUUCGACCUGCAGUCAGUCCCGGAGCUUACGUGCCAUCGCCCACGCCUCUAAGCGGUUCUGCUGGACCAUUCACGCCAGGCGGUAUGAGGCAACAGCAACAGCAGCCACCUGUUCAGCCUAUGUUCGGUCAACCCACCACGCCGGGCAGCGCGCCCAUGAACGGUGCGACGAGCGGUGGACUCGCUGUCAGACCAGGACGUAGCGGUCGAAGACAGCCGCCGCAGAAUCAACCCAUCAAGAUCUCUGGGCACAAUUCCAAACCCUCCGUCUCGCUCAACCCUGCCGCCUUUGCAGCAGCAAUGGCAGCUGCAGGAGCUGCUGGACCGGAUGGCAAGCCAAAGAGAAAGGUGGUGCUGCAAUUGCCGCGCGAAGGUGGUCAGGAUGCGGAUAGCGAAGCUGCGGCGGAAAAGGCGCGGCAGAAAGCCAAGAACGAUGGAGCUGAAGAAGGCGUCGUGGAGCAAAAGGCAACGCUUGCGGCAGCAUCUGCACUGAUCCGCAGCAAGUGGAUCGCGAGGUCUCCCCUCUCUGCCGAAGAGUACGCAGCGGCUGAGCAGAUGCACGAUUUGCAAGCCGUCUCCCUAGGCAUCGAUGCUAUGCAGUCUCGCGCGCAAUGGCCGGUAGAGGAAAUGAGUUACGAGAGCAUAGACAUUUAUCUUCCAGGCAAGCAGGCCUGGGACGCUUAUCGCGAGCGUCGACUGGAGGAGAAGCUGCAAGAGCUGGGCGUUUCAGAAAGUCCUACGGAACUCGUGCCUCCUUGGCAAGGCGGCUCAGCAGGCGACGGUUGGGGUGUCGGCGCUGGAGGAGGCGAUGGUGCUGCCUUUGGAUUACCGGAGCCGCACUACGAGGAGCCUCGGUAUACAAGCGAUCCAAUGUCCAUCUCUUCCCCCGCCGAUCCAGGCGUAAUCUCAUCGAGGCUCAGCAAUUAUCUCCAAUCGCAAGCCGACAACGUUCAAGAUCCGCCCGACGCGCCCCCUGCUGCCGCCGCUGCUUCCACCACGCGCUGGUCGAGCAACUUGCCAGCCAGAUUGCGAGACCUUGCGGCUAUGCAUCUGGGCACUGGAACGGCCAAACGCAGUAGCAGCAGCAGUCCAAUGCACAGUCAGACCAUGUCCCUCAGCAUGCCGCAGUCUGGCGGUCCAUUUGGUCCCGGGGUGCUCACUGCUCUUGGUCUGGGCAAGGAUGUCGAGAGAGCGGCUUCAGACGGCGAAAAGCCCGACGAACCUGCGCUCGGCUCUAGACCUGCAAUGGAGCGCGGUCAUUCUGACGGACCGCCUGAGCUGGCUCGACUGGCGGCUCAAAAACGUGCUGCGAGUCAGAAUGCGAUUCCGCCAUUUGGCGACUCUCGCGUGCUGGAUCAAGUGACUGAGGAAGCGGAAGAGUCCGCGUCUGCUGUGCCAACGCAUACCGCUGGGAAGGCUUCGUGGCAGGACCUCGGCAGAGGUUUCGGAUACGACCCAGACGAGCCAGAGGCCGAGAUGGAGACGCGCGAAGAAGAGCCGGUCGAACUGGCCCCAUCUGCAGGCACAGGUCACGCGAGGAAUGCAUCCAAAAUGUCUUUGGGUCCCGACUUCGAGGAGGCUGCUCGACGCGCGCAGAGAUACGCCGAGGACGUCGACAUGCGCACCAAUCCCAGCGAAGAUGGCGACAUGUCUGAUGAGGACGGUGUGGACGAGCUGGACGAGCUGGACGCUGAGCGCCUUGCAGCUAGGGGCGAGCAAGGUCAUCUGCUCGACUUUGCUCAGGACGAGCAAUUCAGCUACGAUGAUGAGGAGGACGAAGAUGAUCUGAGCGAUUCGCGCACUCCUUCUGGCGAACAGUACAGCAAUCCUUCGGACGAGGAAGCUGCGCGCGAGGCUAGGCAGCAGCGCAGAGCUCUCCGAGCAGAGCUUCGUGCUGGUCGCAAGAUUGCAAAGCAAAGAGCUAGAGAAGCUAAACAGCAUCGCAGCUUCCAGCAUAGCCGUCACCUCACUGGAGACACUUUACCAAGUAGCAGUCUCGGCGAAGGCGAGCCCAAGAACAAGAAUAACAAUAGCGGUUGGGGCUUUGAUGCGCAUCGCGCUCAAGCUGCCGCGCGCGUCCACGCCGAUCAAGGCAUUCUCAGCAAUCCCUCGGACGAAGACGAGAGGGGCACGUUUGGUGGAAGUGGACGGAUCGAUCAUAUCGAUAGCAAUCUUGCUAAUGGAGGAGACAGUCGCGCCUCUCAAGACUUCCGCUACCCGCACGGUCCCAUGGAUGGCUCCUCCGCACCGGACGCCUUGGCAUACCGCCCCUCGGCCCAAUCGCAGUUUUCCAGCGCUACACUUGGUCGGUCAGCCCUUCGCUCUGCGCUCAACCCUGGUGCCAAGGAGUUCAAGUUCGGAGCAUCUGACAACCAGCCAACUCAGGCGAGCGCGCCGGCAGCGAGGAGUGAGGGCGCACUGCAAGCUGCGCGAGAUCGCGCUUUCAGAUUACCAAGCAUACACAACUCGAGCUUUGGCGGCAGCUCUGCUUUCGAGAAUGGCGAAGAGGGCGGGCCGAAAAAGCUCAGCGCCAAUGCGCCUUCCUUUACCCCUGGACAAUUCACCUUUGUCGCUCCGGGCGACGCACCAAAAAUGCACCUGCCACCUCAGCAAGUGCCCAACUCUGCACCCGCUGAUCUCGAUGCCGCGCAGUACGCCGAACUCAUACGCGCAGACCAAGGCCGCAUGAAGAGACCCAAAUUCCGCGGCGAUACUGGCCCGCUUGAUGAUCAUCCAGAUGCAAACGAACCGAGCAGUCCUGCAAGGCCGAUCCCGUCAGCAGCGAGCAUCGAGGGACCUCUUCGCGAUCAGCUCGGACUUGGCCACUCUGGGCCUCCACCAUUCAACCCUGAUCCGGCGACCAGCGCCAUGUCCAGCUUAGCUCAUUUGCAUCACGCUCAAGAGGCUUCUGCCUUCACUGGUCUUUCUGCGCCUACACAGGGCACCUUUGCCUUCAAGCCUUCGGUGCCUGCUUUUAUGCCCACGUGGACCAAAGGCGCUGCUGGAUUCGGCACUGGUGCAGAGGCGACUCAACUCAGAAGACCUGGCAUUCCUGACUUUGCCCCGCCUGGUAGCAGACCGGCGCAAGAGGCUCACCAGAACGGUCAGUCGACGCAGGCCCUCGGUGGCGUUCCUUCGUCCGACUUCACCUUUAAAGUCCCAAGCAAGGCGAUUCCGAUUCGUAGACCGGAUGAGGUGGACCAGCAUCGGCUUGGCGAGCCUCUGGCGCAACAGGAUGAACGGAGCGCGUCGGAGCAAGAGGUUGACGAACCUCGUGCUAAGCGCAGGCAACCGCCGAGCGCCACGCAGUGGGCUCGUGACUCGCGCUUCAAUUACCUGCAAACCUACGGUCGCUCUCCCCCCGUCGCGGUGCCGACUGGGGGCCUGCAUCGCGCACAACAGCAGGCGGCAGCAGGCAGACGCUCACACCAAAGGCGCGACUCGGCUAGCAGUCUGGCGCAGUCCAUUGAUCGCCAUCACAGAGUCGCACGAGCUGCCCAAGGUGCUGCCGAUCCGGAAGAUCUGAGCUUGGAUGAUGACGAGGAAGAUGAAGACGACGAUGGCAUGAUUGAUGAUAUCGUGGAUGAGCUCGGAGACAGACUGAAACGAGAAAUCGCUUCGGAGAUGGAAGCCUGGGCAGGCAAGAUCCUGGACGAGGUGACUAUCAUGGGACAGGUUCGACCUGCUCCAAACCUCGACAGACAUGCCAUUAUGGAUGUGGUGUCGCAGCAGAUGGAGCAUUCUUUCAGCGUCUGGCUUGAUAGGUUCAAGGAUGAAACUGCGUUCUUGCACAAGGCUCAGAACACGCCUCAACGCCUUACCAUCGAGGCAGCUCCUGAUCCGGACGACUCGUCGGCGACGAUCAAAGCUAGCGAGACGCGCGACGCGCCAGCUUCUAGCGCUGCUACUCCUUCGGCUCACAGCUUUGGCCAUGGUCCUCUCGACGCUCAAGGCGAGCUGGACUUUGACUUUGUGCAGGAGGUCUUGGAUGCCAAGAUUGCCACCCUGCAUCGCGAUCUGGCGGCUUCCUUCGAGUCUGCCAUCCCUCGUGCGAUUGCCGCUAUUCCUGCACCUCGGCUCGUUGCCCCGCCUGUUCCGGUGCCGUCUGCGCCUGCACCUGCGGGGGACGCUUCACCAAAGGCAGUCGACCUCACUCCAGAGGCGACCGAGACGCUUUCGAUGCUACUCAUCGGACGCUUGCAGCCCGUUCUUGAAGGCAUUGAAGGUGUCUUUGAUGCAAAGCGCAGACAAGAGCUGAUCCACACGCUGGAGCCGCUGCUGGAGGAUCACCUGGUCAAGUCGCAAGUCAAGGCUUCUUCCGAGCGACAAGACAUGCAAGGCACCUUUGAGGCCGUCAUUGACUCUCGCGUCACCGGCUGGGAGAAGCAGCUGGCAGAUGCUCGAGAUGGUAUGGAACAUUUGCAGGUCACCCUCAUCAAUAAUCUCAUUCCGCAUCUCGAGACGCUCCGCAUGGACAGCACGUCGGUCGCUGAUUUGACGCUGGAACGCCUUGCUCCGCUCGUCUCGUCGCUCAAGUCUGAACCGUUCGACACAGACGCCAUCGUGCGCCACGUCGCAGACGUUGUGGGCAAGCAGUCCCUCGAGAGGAUGGAUGUGGAUCUCAGCCCCGUCAUUGCUUUGAUUGAGCCCAUCGUCGCACAUCAAAGACGAAUCAUGGAGAAUCAGCGCGAGACGCAAAUCAGCAUCAGCGACGUUCCCGCAGCGAUCAACAAUGCCAAGGCCAGCAUUUCGGCCAGCAUCACGGACAGACUCGAAGAGGUUGUCGUGCACAUCAAGCAAAUGUCCGAAAAGGCCGAGAAGCUGAAUGCAGAUCGCGAUGGUUUCAUGCGGGAAUUGGACGACUCGCGCAGAGAAGCGACGGAACGCAAAGCUGAGGCGGACGAGCUGCGCGCUGAGCUCGUCGCAUCGCAAGGCUACAUUUCUACGAUGAAGGAAGAGAUUGUUCGUCUCGAAUCACGACUGGAAGACGAGUCGAUGGCGAGAGAGCGCGCACAUGAUGCGGAACGAGUGGCAGAGGAGGCCAAAUCCUUGGCUCGGCAAGCAGAGAUUGCUCGAGAUGCGGAUGCUGCGCUCAAUGAAGAAUUGCGCACUCACGUUGAGGAGCUGCGUGCAGAGCGGGCACGCGAGCAAGAGUCUUCGAAGCAGGCCAUCGCAGAAGCUCUCAAGCGCGCUACUGAAGCUAGCGAACGCGCAACAGCGGCGGAGAAGACCAUGAAGGAAGCUGCUGAGAAGGCGGAAGCGCGUGUCGAUGAUGCUCUGCGCUUAGAGAGGGCUGCUCAGGACCGCGCAGAAAAGGCUGUAGAGAAGGCUGCCAAGGCUGAAGGGGAGAUUGCAGCGCUGGAGAAGAUCACGUCGGAACAAGAAAGCAAGCUUGGCAACAUGCAUCAACUGUCUGCCAAGCAGAAGCAGAAUGCAGCGCAGGCUGCCAAGGAUCUCUCAAAUGCCAACAAUCGCCUUCGUGAAGCUGAUGAGGCUGAGAAGCGUCUUCGGGCCACAGAGACGGUGAGUGUAUUCAGGUGACACGAGCUCGAUAUCAGUUGCUGACUUUGCCAUGUUGCUUUGCAGGAGCUCGCCAUUGCCAAAGCUAGAAUUUCCGAGAUGGAGUCGCGGGUCGCCGAUCGGGAGCAGAUCGAGACGCGCUUGCAGACGUCUCAAGCUUCGGAAAUGGUGAGUGUGUGUGGCCUUUGCGAGCAGAAGCAAAGCUGUGCGGGUCUGAUCGACGCUCACAUUUGCGUCUGCGAUUGCCUAUUCGACAGCGGGCACGCGAGGAGGUGUCUGGGUACCAUGCCAGGUUUGCCGAGAUAGAAGCGGAGCUCGUAUCGAUGCAGGCCACGCUGGUUACGCGAGAAGAGCUGGAAGCAGCGCAACGGGAGCUAGCCGAAGCGCGAGAAGAAGCUGCGCAGCUUCGCGGUCAGUUGGCAGAGCGCAGCAGCGGACCUGCCUCGGCGAGCUUGAAUGGCAAGGCCGGGCCUGGACCUCUGCGCACGAUGCACGGACCGAUCAAAUCUUUUACGAUGUGGAGCAGUGACGAGUCUGGCUCUUCGCAAGCAGCGGGAGGCACGAUGGCUAGUACUUGGGCAUCGGUCAACGCGCCCGCUUCUACGGACGACUAUCGUGCCGACGCCAGCUUCCACUCCGGUUCGGAUCACCAGAUCAAGACGCGAUCCGCAUCGGGGGUCAGUGGACGCAAUAUCGAGCAGGACGAUAGCGGUUGGUGGAGCUAG